CUCAAUAAGUAAAUCUCAAUAACAUUGAAAAUAUACCGUCCAACAUUUUAUAAAUUAGAACAUAAAUUAUGAAUGCAACUAAGCGGAUCAUAUGUCAGCAACGGCUCUUCUUUCAAACACAUCGGAUGUCUAGUCAUGACAACCCUUUGGGAAUAAAAGGCGGAGACCUAACAGAACACCAGAGAAAGGUGAUGGCUAGGGGCCUGCCUCGCAAGCAGCCCAUAGAUGGUGUUAAAACUGUGAUAGUUGUGGCAUCAGGAAAGGGAGGUGUCGGAAAAUCAACCACUGCUGUAAACUUGGCUCUUGCAAUGGCAGCAAAUGAACCAUCCAAGCAGGUAGGUCUACUAGAUGCAGACGUGUUUGGCCCAUCAAUACCAAUGAUGAUGAAUCUGAAGGGUGAACCUCUACUGAAUGACAGGAAUGAGAUGGUGCCAUUGACAAACUAUGGAAUAAAAUGCAUGUCCAUGGGUUUCCUGGUGGAUGAGAAGUCCCCCAUCGUGUGGCGUGGUCCCAUGGUGAUGUCAGCCAUACAGAGGCUUAUCAGGCAGGUUGCCUGGCGACCGUUGGACUUCCUGUUCAUAGACAUGCCCCCCGGUACUGGAGAUACCCAGCUGUCUCUGUCACAGAACAUACCCAUCAAUGGAGCUGUUAUUGUAUCCACGCCUCAAGACAUAGCCCUCAUUGAUGCCAGGAGAGGGGCAGAAAUGUUCAGAAAGGUAGAUGUGCCUGUGCUGGGUAUUGUACAAAACAUGAGUGUGUAUAUCUGCCCCAAGUGUGGCCACACUGACCACGUGUUUGGAGACAACGGGGCCCAGGCAGUUGCUAAUGAGAUGGGCGUACCCAUUCUAGGUGACAUUCCUCUGAACCGUGCAAUACGAGAGACAAGUGAUUCAGGACAGCCUAUCACCGUAUCUCAACCAGACAGUCCCCAGUCCAAGGCAUACAGAGAUAUUGCGAGAAGAAUUGCAGACAGCCUUGUGCAGAGAGCUGGAGAAACAUAGAUCUUGACUUGUAUGCUAGUGUUCUAUUGAAAUGUUUAUUUAUUGUAUUUGUAUAUACAUUUUAGAAGAAAAAAAAAGUUCAUCUAUUAUAUUAUUUUGUAUAUAAAUAUUAGAAGAAGAAUAAAACACAUUAUUUCUUUGAA